GAAGGAGCGUCAACCCCUCAUUCCUCUUUGAAGAGUUCAGUUAAGAGGAAGGCUGACGGAAAGGACGAUCCUCCUUCUAAGAAGGUAGCUGUCAGUGCAGGGGAUGUGCCUUCCACGAAGUCGCCUCCCAAGUCUGGUCACGGUGCUGGGAAAGGAGUGAUGACCUCUUCUGGUCCCGUCAUUGAGGGACCCCGUUGCUUGCUGACCCACAAGGAUUAUGCUGUUGAGGGGGUAGAAUCCCUCAUAAAACAGACGGAUCUUGACCCUUGUGCUCAGCUAGGGACGGAAGACCUGGGGGCGUCAGCUUUCUUUGACAUAGCACGGGCCUUGGUUCGUGUAAAAGCACUUCAAGACCGGUGCGUGGCCAAAGAAGGCGUCGUUUCUCGGGUUAGGAGGCAUAACGCCAAUCUGAUGGAUCAGCAAGCGCAAUAUAAGGAGGCCGUCCGUCUCUUAAACUCAGAGCUGAAGGAUGUAAAGGAGAAGUUGGGAGAGGCUGAGGGUCAGCAGAAGAAGCUUGAGGAGGAGGUUUCAUCCUUACGUGCACAAGUAGAGACGGCUGGGACUGAUGCGGUCCAAAAAUUCAAGACAACCCAGUCAUUUAUUGACUCCUGCGCUGAUUAUUACGGCACAGGUUUCGACGAUUGUCUGAGGCAGGUAGCGUCAGCUUAUCCAGAGUUGGAUCUAUCCGGAAUUACCAUGGACGCCUCCGUGCCGAUGACUCCUGCUCGUGAAACUGUUGCUGACAAAGGUGACGGACCUAUUAGUUUGGACUCUUUGCUUAAUGAUGCCGGAGUUAUUUUGGCUCAGCCAGCCGUCACUAUUCCUGCCGAGUCUUCAGAUGCGGCACAAAUUGCCAAGGAUAAAGCUGACGGGGUCUCCAAGGAUGUUCCUGCCAUUUAACCAUAGCUUUUCUAUUGUAAUUUUUGAACAAUGUUUUUAAAUGUCCUUUUGUUUAUUGGGCUUUUUACCUGUAACUCUAUUUGCCCCUUUUUAUGGCACUUGGAAUUCGUCGCUUUGAACAUGUAUACUGAUUCUAAUUUCUUAUGGCCCCAUUUAUUUGAUGAGAUCGUUAUUUUUUUGAUUUUUUAGCCCCUUUUUAUCAUUUCUACGGGCUUGUUGGUUUGAGAACCACGUUUGUAAGUAGGGUCUUACUUUUUCGUUAGACCGUCAUCUAUUGGACCGUCUGCCUUAUAGGUCCGUUAGUUUUAGGACCUGGUCCAUAUGAUGAUAUUUUCAUCUAUUGGAUCGUUGACUUUGUUGGACCGUCACUUUUUUAAUUUUGGUUUUUCCGGACCGUUGUUUUCUUGGCCUUAGCCUUGACGUUUUUGACACCUUUAUUAGUCCGUCAGUUUUUUAAGUCCUGGUCCAUAUGAUGAUAGCUUCAUCCACUAGACCGUCAGCUUUUUAAGCCUGGUGUAUCUAACACCUUCAUUAGUCCUUAGUUUUUUAGGACUUCGUCCAUUUGAUGAUCGCUUCAUCUUUUGGACCGUCGGCUUAUUAGAUUUCCCGGACCGUUGGCCUUAGACUUGAUUUCUCUGACAUCUUUUUUGGCCCGUCAGCUUUUUAAGCUUUGGUGUAUUUAACACCUUCAUUAGUCCUUAGUUUUUUAGGACUUCGUCCAUUUGAUGAUUGUUUCAUCUUUUGGACCGUCGGUUUUUUAGAUUUCCCGGACCGUUGGCCUUAGCCUUGAUGUCUCUGACAUCUUUUUUGGUUCGUCAGCUUUUUAAGCUUUGGUGUAUUUAACACCUUCAUUAGUCCUUAGUUUUUUAGGACUUCGUCCAUACGAUGAUUGUUUCAUCUUUUGGACCGUCGGCCUUAGCCUUGAUGUCUUUGACGUCUUUUUGGUCCGUAUGUUAUGGACUUAGCGGUUUUGGCCGCGAACCUAGUAGACCGUAGAAGAAAUACACUUCAGUAAUUUCUGAAAAACUCCUCUUAUUGUCAUGCAUUCAAAUGAAAGUAAUUAAAACCAA